ACGAGGCGGUUCGUGAGGGGACGCUGCCCGUGGGGAGCGGGCGGUUGUUGUCCCCUGCGGGCAGCCGCAGCCCAGCCCUCGUUUAUCUCCUCCCGCCUCUCUGAGGAGACGCGGUCCGAAAUGGAGCCGUCCCGCUGGCAGAGCGCUGCCCACGGCGGGAAGGCACCGCGGAAGAAACGCCGCUCGUCCCCGCUACCGGGGGCGGCCGUUCCCCCGGGCAGGGCCGGCAGGCGGGACGGCGUCUCCCAGUCGUGUCGGCGGCUUCUCUUUGGGAGCGCGGGUCCCCGCGGGCCGGAGGCCGGCAGCCUGAAGAGAAAGUCCAGUGUGAAAACCUUACCAAAAAUUAAAGAACAUUUUGAAGUCACUGAAGUGAGCUGUUCAUGUAGCCAAAGCAAUCAAGUGAAUGUCAAAGAAACAACAGACUUUGGAAAAAAAGAAGAGAAAAUAGAAGAAAGCACUGUGCUGCUGAAGGAAUCCCUGAUAAUCAACUCUGAAAGUAAAGAAAGUUUGAAAAAUGCUGAAUUAACUUCAAGUACAGGAAUGACUCUUCCCACAGGUGUUUCAACCUUUCUCCUAGAGUGUUUAGAUGCAGAUUCAACUGCAGAUUAUAAUGCAGAUACUAGUGACAGCCUGAACAGUUGCCCAUCCCCUGAAACAUUCAGAGAUGAUGGCUCAGAAAGAAGUAAUUUUUACUCUGAGGCCUCUGGCAAGUACAAGAACUCUACUCUCCUGGACUCCAGCAAAGCAGUGACCAUAGAUAAGAUGCCGCAGAUCUCAAAUCUUUCAGCAAUAUUAGAACCUGUGCGGGAGGAUUUUCGAGACCAAUACACUAGAAGAAAGAAACCAUCAAAUUCCAAUUACAAUUCUUCAGCAUUAAGUGUUUCAACUACUCUGGCAGGAAAAAAAGUCUGUAAAAUUACAGCUGGAAGAGAGAGAACUCCAGACCUAAAAACUGGUAUGCGCUGUUCUUCACCGUUAGGACCGGAAAGAAAGCCUGACAAUCAAACUGCUAAACCCAAAAUGCUGAAGUGUAAGAAAAAAGAAAAAAAUUCUAAUGCAUUAGAAGAAGGUACAUCAUCAUUCAGUCAGCUUGAUGCCCCAGGAAACACUGCAGCCAAAUCGGUGGGGUUGUUGACAGCAGAAGUACUGCCAUCCAAACAGACAGAUGCUGUGGUGCCUCUGUGUGGCAGACAAGAAAUCUGCUCCAUUGUCAGAACUUCACCAUGCCAGAGGCACUCCAGGCUUCACCAAAUUCCAGUUAACACAGAAGCGUUCUGGCUUCCCAAAGGAGUGCCUGAAGAUAUUAUUACGAGUACCAAAAAUUGGAUCUACUGUAAACACAGAUGAGACCUCUGGGUUUCAGCAGGAGUCAACAGAAGAAAUAACUGUCUUGCUACUGUGGCAGGGAGGUGAAACAGAACUAUUAACCAGUAAUUAACGGCCGUAAUCUUUUGGCACAUAAAUUAUUUGAAAUUUAGUGUAAUGCUUUGCAGUAAGCUUGUAAGUAGUUUACUCCAGUACUUAAUAUUAAAUUGUUUUGUACAAGCAACUAGAUCUUAUUCUGGGCAUUGUUCUGGAAGGAUUCCAUAAAGGUGAUUCUUAGUUCGUUUAGGUUUUAGAAAAGUGUGCCUCAAGAACAGCAGACCAAAUUGCAUUAGUGGAAUUAUUUCUGGCUCUUGCUCUGUCAAGAUUUCUAGAUUUUUCUAGUAGCAUUAGCAUCUAAAGAUGUGACCUCUACUUGAGUUAAGAAGUGUUAACACUAUUUAUAAAGGUAACUGCAUCCUGGAAAUGGGUAUGUAAAGCAUUCACCUACUCUCAGGGACUCAGAAGUCAGUAAUAUGCUACCAUUAAACUCCCUGAAUCCUUAGGUCUGCAGAACUUUGGAGGUACAGGACUCUGGGUUCUGCUGUAACCUGAUUUCUAAACAUGAAUAUAGAUCAUCUUCACCCUACCAUCACUGCAAGCUAGCUUUUUAUGGUCAGCACUGUCACCAUUCUUGGCACAUCCACUGCCCAGCCACUGUCAUCUCGGAGUCCUUCCCAUUUCAUCUCAAUUAUUUUGGGAUAUCACCUAUCUCGGUGGUUGUUUCUUCUAGUGGCUUCAGACUUACGCAGAGGAAGUAGGUGCCUUACAUGAAUACAAGGGUGGAAAAAAAACUUUUAUAGCUGAACUGUCUCAAGACCUGGAUAUUGGCAUUCUGGAUUUUGAGGUUACUGCUCACACUAUGUGGCACAUGAGUUAGAUUCCCAGUGCUUCCAGUUCAGCUUGUGGAUUGUUAAUCCAUAAGUGUCAUUCUUUGGCAGUGUGCUGAAUGCCUCAGAACACUGACAAGAGCACAGCUUUUCUCCACUUGAAUUCACUGCAAAGUAAAGUAGUUUGGAUCCUUAAAGCAUUCUCACUACAACACUCAUUACUCAGACUCUUCUGUAGACAUAAAGGAAGUUUUUCAAUGUUUUGAACUGAUAGUGUGGCUUUCCAAUCCUCUUGAAGUCUGAGUUUGUUUCUCAGUAUUAUCACCCAGAACAUUCACGCCCUGGAAGGGAGUUCUGCAUUUCCAAAAAGAGCAUGUCAAGAAGACUUAGGAAGUCCACAACUUCAAUUAGUUUGACUACAUUUGAAAAUACCUCAGAAAGUUCAGACCCUGAGCCUUUUCCCAUUGCUCUGGGGUAGAAGGAAGUGCAAAUAAAUGCUGCUAGAUUAGUCUAUGAACAAGUAUUGUAUAAACAUACUAUAUGGCUCAAGGUUAAAAAUUAUGCCAUUAAGUUGUUUUUCCUUUAAGCAUUAGGAGAAUGAGUUCUGCCAAAAACUCCUUGGAGUCCUCUCGGGUAUGCUUCUAAUUAUCAAUAUCCUUGUUCUUGCAAAUACUGGUAAUUAUGCAAGAAUCUAGAGCCCCUAGGAGAUAGAGGUGAGAUCCUUGAUGUAGCUUUAAGCAAAAUUGAAAGUUAUCUAUGUAGUCAGUUGUGAUUAUGAUGAUUGUUCAAGUAAAGGAUGGUCCAGAAUAAGAGAGGUGUUUAUCGUAAGGCUAUUCUAGGAGUCCUAGGGAAAAACACUUAUUUUGCCCCAAACCAUUUUGUAGUUUCUAUACAAGAAACAGGCUAAUACUGGCAAACUAACUGGAGAGUACAGGAGGAGAAAAUACGGCAUGUAACUGUGAAGUUUGGCUGUAGCAGCCUGAAUAUUGCCGAGUUUUGUUUUUGUUUUUCUUGAUGUGAUGAGGCUAUACAGGAGGACAGAAAUACCACGAACCACAAUCUCUCUUGUCCUUCAGUUAUGAAAGCGCUGCUUCUUAUUUUCCUCUUUUGUCUGACUCUUAGGGAAAGUGUAAUUAAUUACCAGGCUAGCUCUCUGCCCCAGGGAAGGAAAUUUUACUCAUUUUGAGGCCGCAACAAUAUCUGCUCUUGUUCAGCUUUUCUCAAAGGGAAGGCAUUUUCCCCUGUUUUGGUUUUAAACUGAAGAAUGACUGCAUAAAAUUUCAUUCAAAGUGGAAACUGGCUCUUCCAUAUUAGUGGAUAAAGGUUAUGGGUCACAGCCAGUUAACGGGUAGUACAGAAGAGCUUAUUUGUGCAGUGAUUCGGGAGAGAAAUCUGUUCAGUGUCAGUAGGGCUGCUCUGUCACAUCCUAGACAUGAUGAAGUCUUAAUGGCUUGAAUGGAAUCGCUUACAGUGAGUCAGUCCAUGCAAGAACUGUGAUAAUACUUUAUCGCUAGGAAUUGUGCAUCGCAGAUGCGUGUUUAGUAAAUGUAUUAUACAUAAAUCUGUUAGAGGUUUUUCAUUUACACUGUUCGGUUAUUUGCAUUAUCUGAAGUGUGGUUCUAGGAGACUUUGACUUAGAGUGCUCGGAGAUGAUGGAAGAUGUUUGCUUCUUGCACCGGAGUGGUAUAGGGGUAGGUGUACUAAGAGCUUACAUGCAAGUAGUUCUGUUUUGAUUUAUAAUCUCUAAACACUGAAAGCAGAGGUUUGGGGCCCAAGGCAAUGCAUACUGAAUGGACACACAAGUUGAAAUUCACGUUCUUUGUGUAGGUAUGAAGAUUUGCCUACAGGGAGGCUUUUACAGGAAAAUGGAUGAUUAAACAUGUAUUUAUCCCCUUUUCUCUUACUGUCCAUCCUCCGCUCCCUCGAUUUAAGGAAUGUCAAUCAAGCCUAUCGGCAUCACUUGCUGUUAAUUUAGGAGUUUUGGAACAGGUUACUAUUUGCUUUUAAAGGGACUCCAUCAGGUUGAAUCGCAAUGCACUUGAGAUUAGCUAAAUCUUCAUUGCCUUAAAUUGUGAAACUAUGGAAAGCCGAGUUGUAUGUCCUGGCCAAAAUUCUAUUAUUUCAUAGUGUUCCCUGAGGACUUUUUGUAUUUGAGACUGUAUUUAUAUGCCCAUCUUGAAGCUAGGAGGCUUUCACAUGGUGAAAGGAUGUAAGGGUCUGUCAUCUGUAAAUCUAUGGCAGGCAGGCGUAUCUAUCUUCCCUACAGAACAAGGGGAAAAAGAUGCAUCUAAACAUCAAUUCCUAUUUUCUAUUAGAAUUAUCUUCAACGUAUAGUAGAUGAAGAACAAAGUUCCUACAGAUGGCUGGUUGUGAGGAAUUGUAUAGAUAUUUUACACAUGUACUAAAUUACGCCUUUUAAAAGUAAUCUACUUAAUUUAAUCUUACAUCAUACACUGUUUUAGUUUAAUUCCAGUUUCUAGGGAAAGCAGAUGAGUCAGUUUUGUCAGUCCUUAAUUAAACUUCCUAGUAGUGUUGUAUCUGAACAGUGAGCCAUUGAAAGAGACUGUUAACUGUAAACAGUGUUUCCAUUUCAUUUAAACAUUUACUAAUAAAGAGUUUUGCAAAAAUCCA